AUGUGUCGACACACAAGUCCCAAGACAAUUUGCGGUGCAGACCAAAAGUUCUAUGCCGACAAACUACAAGGCAAGAAACGCUUCCGCCUCUUUCUCUGCAAACAUACAGAGGCAGACAUUGUCGAAGUGAUUUCCCACAACUGGAUGUCUCCCAGAGCCCUUGCCAAAUUCUGCGGUUUGGAAUUUGGUCGUGAUGUGCUUGGGAGAAUCCUGCUCAACAAAUUCAUGACGCAGGUGAAGUUUCUCUACGGCAGGUUAAAGAAAGGCCUGCCUCUUCUGAGACAGGACGAAGUCAAGGAUACUCAUGCGAGUGGCCUUGGGGAACAGGAGGAGACUUUUAUGAGACAGACGGUCGAUAAAGGCCACAAGGUCAUGACUGCUUCUCAGGUUCAGAUACAUCAGCAGGUUGUGAAUGAGAGUUCGGAUGGUCUUGAUGACCUGGCUGCUCUUAUGGGGCUCAAAAUGAAUCUGUAG